GAAAAAACCGAUUUUACGCUCUUCUCUCCAAUUUCAAACCCUUAGCCGCGGAGCCCUCCUCUCUCAUCUGAUUCACUUCCCAACCCUACCUCCCCUCAAAACUUUCCUUACCAAUCGGUCGUCGUCCGCCACUUUUACGCCACCCUAAAGACCCAAUCCUUUCACAUAUUCUCCUCACCCCCGCCGGAAAACACCUCUACUCAGCGGCGGUGAACGUCAUUUUUUCGCUGUUAUUGGGAUUUCUAUUUCGUUUUUUCUCGCCCUCGAAAUGGUGGAAAUCCAUGUAAUUUGAUCAAGGGAUGAGGAGAAGCAGAGAUUUGCGUGGUGCUGGUUCUACCGUCGACGGCACGCCGCGGAGGAGGCAGAGGGUCGCCACUCUUAGGGAUUCGGCGAGAGGCGGCGACAGUGGUGGGAGUUAUAGAGAGGGCGUGAACGUGGACUCGAGUGAUGAAGAGUUGUUUGAGAUAGUCACAAGACCACGCCACAACAUGUGGCGGCAGAUUUUAGUUGCAAAAUAUUGAAAAAAAACUGUGUCCGUAAAGAAAGCAGCUCAUUUCUGGUGGGUAGGAGUGAAUUGAAUUGAGGUUAUGGCGCAGUUUGCUGGUGGGAGAAGCCGAUUGAAAUCAGUCUUUAAUGGCGAUGGGCUGUGUAAGGUGAACGCAUUUGGCACACCAUUCAGUCACUCGGCUUCCAAUUCCAUUCCACUGGGAAAUCCCAAGUUUAGGAUAUGUAUCUUGGCUUCUUCGUCUUCGUCUACGCCACCACCACCACCACCACCGUCACCAUCAUCAACAUCUUGUUCCGUCACUUCUAACAACCAAUUAGAUAGGGAUUUUGACGAUAUUGAGAUUGACGAGCUUGCUGCCUUCAGAGGCUUGGUUUUGGACAUCUCCUACAGGCCCGUCAAUGUAGUCUGCUGGAAACGCGCCAUAUGUUUGGAGUUCAUGGAUAAGGCUGAUGUUUUGGAAUAUUAUGACCAAACUGUAAAUUCUCCCAGCGGCUCCUUCUAUAUUCCUGCUGUAUUGAGGGUCCCACAUUUGCUACAAGUUGUGAAGAGAAGAACAGUGAAAAGAGGCCUCAGUCGUAAAAAUAUUUUAAACCGGGACAAUUUUAUGUGUCAGUACUGUUCUUCCUGUGAGAACUUGACCGUUGAUCAUGUUCUGCCAAUUGCUCGAGGGGGAAAGUGGACCUGGGAAAAUCUGGUUACUGCCUGUGCCAAAUGCAACUCAAAGAAAGGUCAGAAAACCUUGGAGGAAGUAAAUAUGAGAUUGAUGAAGGUUCCCAAGGCUCCUAAGGACUAUGACAUACUUGCCAUACCGUUAACCUCUCAAGCAAUAAAGAUGUUGAAAAUGCGGAAAGGGAUGCCUGAGGAGUGGCAGCAGUACCUCUCAAACCAAUGACAUCAACAAGAAGAUUGAAAAUGCGUUUAGCCGCGGCAAACGUUCAUUCUUGGGACUUGCCGCUUGAAAUUAUGUAAACUAGUUCUUAAAAAUCAAAGGAUAACACUUAUCAAUAGAGAAUAAAAAUACCACCCACUCUUGCCGCUAAUUCACCCAAUACAUAUUUUAACUAGUACGACAAAUGUAACACCUCGAUUUUUAAUAUGCAUUUGAAAAAGAGCGCCAAAAUUUAAAUUACCAUUUGUAAUAAAAUGAAUGCCUCAAUUUUAAAAACAAAAUUAUUUCAAUAUUUACC